AUGCACGCAUCGGGAGAGCCAUCGACCUCCGCCAACUUGUUCCGUGACAAGGAUGAUUUUGUUCCCAUUGUCCUUGACGGUGAAGGUUACGACGGUGCUCCGCAGCAAACCGCUGCCAACUACCGGGGUUUGCUCCGAAACACCCUCGCGGCCACAUUGUACACGCAAAACUUUAUACAGCACGAGAAAUCCAUGGAGGAGCACCUAGAAAGAAUGGUACACGGUGACCUAGGCACCGUCGCCCAGUUGAUUGGCCUCGCACCGAUCGAGUACCAUACUAAUGUCGACUCUUGGCUAAAUAUGGACGGGAACCGAGUCAAGCUCCAAACCACCAGUGCUCAUAUGGCUCUCGAGAGCAACCAGUCCUCUGUGCGUAUUACCUGGCGCCACCCCCAGCUAGCUUCAGGGUCAGAGAACCGUGUGGUCACGCAGUUCAAAGAGGAUGAGCUCGCUGUUCUUCUGGCCAGCAUCUAUACCUCCAUGUUCGAAAGUGAAGAGCCCACAUUUUCGGAGAACGGCCUAAACGCCAUCAAUCUAAGGCGCCACGUUUUCCCCUUGAACAACCGCGCCGGAUUUGUUCUCUUUCUCCGUCUCGUCAAGGACCGCGUUUUCGUUCAUGCUUGGGAUGAAGCAAUGCACGAGUUUUUCAAGCAAGCAAAAGUUCAGGUGCCAGGCCGACACGACUUCCCUUACUACCAUGAACUGAUUUUGUAUAUGCACAUCUUAGAUGUCUAUACCUCUCCAGACCUUCUUUUCACCGGAAAUUACCAUGCGUUUGCCGCCCUGCACGUCGGCCACGGCUGGGUUCAUCAACGCGGGUCCAAGUUCACAGAUGACUUCAAGCUUACCGUUGUUACCGACGACUCUAAACCUCUGGACGAGAUUAGUGUUGGUUUUCAUAUUCGCGGCAACAGGGUGACCGAGUCGGUUUUCAAAGAACUGCUGGGCCCUAUGCUAACAAUCUUCGAAACAAACGUUGCGGAUGAAAACGCCGUCUUUGUUACCAAGUCUAUGCCCGGGGUUUCGGGCACCAUGGCGAUCAGCUCCGCUACUCGGCCCUCAGAAGCGCAGUUCAGCAGCCAGGCCAGACAUAUUGUCCCCUAUGACGGCUUCAUUGUGAGCAUGCACGCCCAGGUGGACCCCCUGGACGCAAGUAUCCCCUUCGUUACGUGCCACGUAGAGUUAGCAUCCGAAGAGUUGAGAUCGGUCCCUUUCAACAUGGACGGUGUGUAUAGGCCCUCCGAUGCAACUCCAUUUAGCUAUGUCAUUGACGCGCACGACGCCAUCCCUGGAUUCGUGGUCGACUUCCCGAUCCCCGUGUCCGAAAGUGGCACCAGCGUGACUCUUGGUGAUGGGUGUUUAGACGUGCGCAUCCGCACAUCCCCGAUGGCUUGGGCGGCCAACCCGACAGCUUUAUACCCCACCAUUCUCAACAAAGCCCUCGAGCCUGUGCUGAUAAACUUGGCCUACGUCAACCUCGAUCUGCAGCCAGCUAUCGACAGUCUACAGUCUAGCCGGCUCGACUGGCUCAAAUACACCCUCCACGCGCAGUUCACGCCCAGAGAAAACUUUUACACAAGAUCCCCACAGUCAUUCGACGGAGCAAACACCGACCGCUUGCAAUUUUGCAUCCUCGUGUCCAAGUUACGCAUCGAUCUUGGUAAUAAAACGCCCCUCCUCGACGCCGCCCUAGUAAUCAUGCAUAAAGACAACGCAAAGGAACUCGGCGCCUGGGGCGACUAUGCACGGGGCCCCGAUAUCUCCCGCUUGACGGUCGACGACGGGGAGAUCGACGUAUGGCGGCAAGCUCUGGCGGCAUGGGCAGAGCGGUGCCGUACAUGGCAGCACGGCCCGGAUUGCGCGUACAAGAAAGUGAACCAGCAGAGCGUGCCUCUGCCAGUCCCCAGGGGCCGCCCAUCCCUCGCAGACCGAGUCGCCGCAGACCGAGUCAUGUGUUCCUGCGGCGUGGGGAAAUUCCCUGAAGGCUACCUAGCAGCCACGCCGUACUGGAAGCUUGCGCGACAGCAGGCGGUGCGGGUAGCCAUCGCGCCCAUCUACCCGUGCAAUCUUGUCCAAGAGACCGGGAUCAGAAGAGAUACACGAUAUAUCUCGCUAGAUGGCUCGGGGAGCGGGACCGAGACGGUAAUGUCGGGAGAGGAAGACAGCAACUGCACCAUGGGGAGCGAAGCUGGAAGCCCGCAGUAA